ACACACACACAGCAGAUAGUCUCACUCACGCAAACACACGCAAGCACGCACGCCUCCGACUAUCGUCUGUCUGUGUGUCCAACAGUUGGUUACUAGCUGCCAUAACAACCAAAAGGAAAAAAAAUAACAAUGGAACGUAUAAACCCAAACAUCGCGUGAAAGGUUUUAAUGUCCAUUUUGUUAUCAUCAACCAAUUCUUCCCUUCUUUAUAUCGAAUCGUUUGCAUGAAAAAAAUCGAGUCAAGCCAAAGAAAUUCACCAAAAUUUUUCACUCGGAUAUUUAGUAGUUGAUAUCCCGAAGACAUGUUAUUGAAAUAUUACAAGAAUAUUCUACCCCCUCAGGAUGGUGCAGCAAAAAUCUGCGCUGUGUGUUGGUCGGCAAACAACGUGAAAUGUGCCGUGUGCACCUCGGACCGUGUCGUUCUGCUGUACGAUGAAGCCGGAGAGAAACGAGAUAAAUUUUCCUUAAAGCCUGCAGAUCCAAAGUAUGGUAAGACCAGCUACACAGUGAAAGGUCUUUGCUUCUCGCCAGACUCCACAAAGAUCGCCAUUGGACAAACGGACAACAUCAUCUACGUUUACAAAAUUGGAACUCAGUGGGGAGAUAAGAAAGUGAUAUGCAACAAGUUUGUACUUCAGAGUUCCGUGACUGCGAUGGUUUGGCCGAACAAUCAAGCUUUGAUUUUUGGUCAGGUCGACGGAAAGGUGCGUGCAGCCAACAUGAAGAGCAACAAGUCCUCCACAAUAUACGCGACCAACUCCUACGUCGUCGCAUUGGCUGCCAGUCCGUCUGGGAAAGCAUUCAUAUCUGGCCAUGCUGAUUGUUCCAUAGUGCGCUACACAUUUGAGGAUGAUGGUUCUGGCGAGACACGGGGUUUGCUGUGUCAUCAUUCUUCAGCCCCGUACGCGCUGGCCUACACCAGCCAUGGAAUCAUAGUCGGGGGCUGUGAUAAGAAAAUCGUCGCUUAUGACAGGGAUGGUCACUGCUCACAGCAGUUUGACUUCAGCCGCGAAGAGGACGAAAAUGAGUUCACCUGUGCUGUUUGCAGUCCUAGCGGCUUUUCAGUUAUUUUUGGAAGUUUCAACAGGCUGAAGAUCCUGAACUGGAACCCUCGGAAAGGGCUGUGGGAGGACCCCAUCAACAAAAUCAUUCCAAACCUGUACACAAUCACGGCCCUCUGCUGGAAGCCGGAUGGCUCCCGCGUCCUCAUGGGUACCCUAUGCGGCAGUGUGGAGGUGUUCAACAGUACCCUGAAGAAGAUCAACUACAAGAAGAAAUUCGAGAUUGUUCAUGUUGGCCUUAAUCAGGUGAUAGUGACCUGUCUGAGCAGUGGUCAAAAGACUGUGUUGAAAUCGCAGUAUGGCUACGAGAUUGACAACGUACGUAUCAUGGGCAGCGACAGAUAUGCUGUGGCUAAUUCCACCCAGACAAUCAUCCUGGCUGACCUCUUGACCAACAAAUUCACCGAGAUACCUUGGCAAUCUACUGGUGAAAAUGAAAAGUUCUACUUUGAUAACGAGAACGUCUGUAUGAUAUUCAACAGAGGGGAGUUAACUCUUGUCGAGUAUGGUAAUAACGAAAUAAUUGGUUGUGUCCGAACAGAAUACAUCAACCCUCACCUCAUCAGCGUCCGCCUGAACGAGCGGCAAACCAAAAGAUGCCAUAUCGGUGAUAACAAGAAGCUCGCCUACCUGCUGGACAUGAAGACUGUUGUUAUAGUGGAUUUGGUCACAGAGAAUGUCAUAGCAGAAGUGGAACAUGAUUCCAAAGUGGAUUGGUUAGAGGUGAACGGAAACUGAAAGAAGCCCGUCGUAUA